AUUCAGCUCUUAAUGUCUUUGCCACCGCGCCAAACGCCCAUAAAUCCAAAUUAUCGAAUCGCGAUCUUACUGAUUCUGAGUGCGAGGAAACUCCUAAUUCUCCAAGCACCGACUCAAUGAAGAAGCCUAGACCCAGAGGUUCCAAGAAUGGUAGAAACGUCAAGGAUGUGCCGGAGUAUGAGAAACAGAGGCUUUCUAGGAUCUCCGAGAACAAGAAGAGAAUAGAGGCCCUUGGAUUGGCCAAAUUGGCGACCUCACUUUUGGAUUCCUCCAAGAAUUUGAGUAACAUUGAUAGAAAGGGGAAGCGGAAGCUGGGUGACGCUGACGAUGAAGAUUAUAAGCCUAGCGAGGAUUCUUCAAGUUCUGAAGAUGAUGACUCGGACUCGGAGGAAGAGGAAGAAUAUUUUGGCAGUGGGAAAGUUUAUGGGUCUCGUGGAAUGAAGGGAAAGAAUAGAGGUUCAGAAGCAAAAAGGAAAGUUCCUGUCAAGAAAUCAAAUAACUCCGAUGAUGAAGAUGAUGAUGAGGAUGCAUUACGACAGGCGAUCAAACUUUCACUUCAAGAUUCUGGCGAAAAUUGUGAUGCACAAGUCCAAGGUCCUCUUGAAAAUGUUAGAAGGAAAAAUGUGAAGAAUCAGGAAGUGAGAGGAGGGAUGAAGAGAAAAGGAUUGUUCACUAGUCGGAUGCAGAUGAAUGACGAUGAACUUAUUAUGAACUUCUAUUGUUUUGAUGACUCAUGGAAAGGGGACAUUACUGUUAGUGACUUGAAAAGAGUAGCAGCUGCUCAUGAUUUUACUUGGUCCGACAUAGAACUAAGGGAUAUGAUUGAUUGCUUUGACAGUGAUGGAGAUGGAAAGUUAAAUCUGAAUGAUUUUCGGAGAAUUGCUGGUCGAUGUAACAUGAUAAAAGAGUCCAUCACAUGAUCGACUCAGACAAUGACAGACUGGUGCACCACUGUGUGGAGGAGGAUGCAUAGCAAGAAUUGAACCGGAUCGUGAUUUUGGUAUGUUCUUUAUCUAGCCAUUCAGAAGCAAGUUAUGAGGUUUGUUGCACGGAACAUCAAUACUUUCUUGUUGGAAAAAAAAGCUGUAAUGAUCAUCAUAGGAUAAGGGGAAAUAACGGCUCCGAUCGAUGACAUAGCUAAUUUUCAUGAUUUUGUUGAAUUCCAAAGUAUUAUAUAGAGCAUUUGAACUUGUGAUCGUAAUUGUGAAAUUCUGACCCCAUGUGUUUCAAGCUUAGA